CCUCCCCCCUCACCCCCUGCCCCACCCCGCCAUGCACGACGUCGCCGCGCAGCUGCUGCACGAGUACUGGCGGCGCAGCGGCUGGAAUGCGUCGGGCUCCUACCUGCAUCUCACCUCCACCUCUGCCUCGCUGCUCGACUUCCCCUUACCACACUCGCUGGGCCUCUCCAUCUCCGCCUCGCCCUCGGCGCCCUUCUUCACCACGUACCGCCUGCGCGCCCUGCCCACGCUCGACGGCCAGAUUGGCUAUCUCUUUGCGCGCACGCAGCAGCAGCUGCGCCUGGGAGACAGCCGCGACGUCGACUUGGCGCGCACGGCGCAGUGCUUUCGCAUCGUCGACGCGCCACGAGCGCCGCCGCCCGAGACGGCGCGCCCCAGGGACUAUCUCCUCUACGGCUCCAUGCACGUGCCCUCGCUGCGUGUGGAUGCCCUCUACACGCUGCGCUACUCGCCCUGCACGGCGCUGCUCCUCAGUGCCCUCUCGCACCCGGCAAAGCCGUCGCCGCUGCUGCUGCACGAACGCGCGCCCUCCUCCUCCUCCUCCGGCGCCGCCGACACGCCGCCCGCACCCGCCGCCGAUGCCAAGGCGGGCAAGCUGGGCCUGCAGCUGACGCUGCAGCGCGACACGGGCCGCUGGUUCACCGAGUACAGCUACUCCGUCGACGAGGCACUGUGGGGCUUGCGCGUGCUGCACAACUUUGGCGUGCCCGAUGCUGCUUCGCCGCACUCGUCCUCGGCGCCGGCGGCGGCGGCGGCAAACGAGGAGAGCGACUUGCCCGCCUCGCCGGCAGCGAGUGCGGCGCCCGAAGAGCCGCAGCCGCAGCAGCAACAGCACGUGGGCAGGAUAAGGAGGAUAGGCGACGAUGAAGAUCGCGGAGACGACGUCGGCGCCUCGUGGCAGGGCCGCUUCAGCGCCGGAGCAGAGAUGUUCUUCAGUGCGCGAGAGAAGAGCGCUGGCAUCUCGACGGGUCUGCGAUUCUCCACUCUGCCCGAGCGUGAGCGCGAUCGAGAACGCUGUCGUUCUUGCUCCUCCUCCUCCUCCUCCUCGUCGUCGUCGGCCGAUGCGAUUGCCACGCACGACGAGCAGCAGCAACAGCCACCCACGACGAUCACCGCCACUCUGAACCCCAUGAUGGGCCAUCUCUCCACGGCCUACGCCAGUCGCAUGACGAAGGACCUCGUCGCCUGCUCGCGCUACGACUUCAACGUCUACAGCUACGAGUCCGAACUGACCCUCGGCGCCGAAUACUGGCUGCGCGCCGCCGCGGCGGCGAACAAGACGAGACACGCCAGUGACGAGGCGGGAGGAGAGGAGAGCACAAGCACCUCGAGCGCCUCCUCGUCGACGACACCAAGAGACGUAGUCAGUGCAGAUGCAUCGCGCUCCACUGCCUCGUUGAGAGAGGCACGCUUCGACGCCUCCGCCUCGGCCUCCACAAGCUCAAGUGCCGGCGCAGCAGCGAGACGCACAGCUUCGCUGCGAGAGUGGGCGGCGAGCGAGGAGGCAUCGGAGGAGCGACGCGCAGCUGCGCAUCUCACACUGAGAGAUGCAGCAUCGCCUCUGCCUCGUUGCGAUGCCACGCUCGUCGCCGCUGCCGCUGCCUCUGCUUCCAGCCUCACCUCCUCCUCGCCCGCCUCUGCCUCUGUGCGCGCCGCCGCCAGCAGCAGCGACGGCAGCAGCAAAUGCGACGCUGCUGCUGCGCCGCUGCUCGGCAUUCUCAAGGCGCGCCUCUCCUCUUCCGGCGUGCUGGCACUGCUGUGGGAGGGCCGCCUGCACUCGACGCUCGUCUCGUUUGGCCUGCGCGCCGACGUGAGUGCGGCGGCGCUGCGCCAGCAGGCGAACGCGGGCGCGUACGCAGGAGGAGGGUAUGGAGGAGGAGGCGCGAGAAAGGCACCGCUGAGAGGCAUUGGCUUGGACUUGCAGUACUUUAGCACCUCGGCCGAGGCGGAGGGAGAGAUGGAGAGGAGGAGGUCGAGGUGGAGCGCCCAAGGAGAGGAACACGCCAUCUAGCCGCCCCCCAUCCCACACCCACACCCACACCCACACCCACACACGCCCAACACGCAAUGCAUAUACAUUCGUGCCCA